GCUUGGAAGGGGCGGGGCUUGGAAGGGGCGGGGCUGAGUCUCCCUCCUUCUGAGACCUCAGCCCUUGCUGCGGCUGAACCCCGGAAGCAAGGUGGCGGGCUCCGGUUCCGGUACGACGGGAGACUGCGGCGCGAGCAUCAGGUAACAGCAGAAGCAGCAAUGUUUCACUUUUUCAGAAAGCCUCCAGAAUCUAAAAAGCCGUCGGUACCAGAGACAGAAGCAGAUGGCUUUGUCCUUUUAGGAGAUACAGCGCAUGAACAAAGAGUGGCAGCAAGAGGCAAAACCUCAGAUGUAGAAGACGACCAGCCUUUGGAGACUGGCAAAGAAAACUCAUCCAGUGUGACUGUGGCAGGGCCUGAGACGGAAAAUAAGGCAGGCCAGACCCUGGAGAACAGCUCACUCAUGGCCGAGCUCCUGAGUGACGUACCCUUCACCUUGGCUCCACACGUGCUGGCCGUGCAGGGCACCAUCAGUGACCUUCCCGACCACUUACUCUCCUAUGACGUCAGCGAAAACUUAUCAAGGUUUUGUAACCUGCUCCAUAAAACACAGGGACACCAAGCAACCUGGACAAACACUCUUGAGGUCGAGGACCAUGGGAGGGAAGAAGCUUGAGGAAGUUUAAUUGCUACUAGGAGAAGCAGUAAGUCAUCAAGUUCUACCCUGGUUCAAGAGGAAGGAAAUGGAUCUUCACCCCUUGAUGGGAAGUGGCAAGGUCCUGGAACAGCAAAGUGGGGCCAGAAAUACUGCUGUGGCCACUUUUGGAAAUUACCAUCUUCUGCAACUAGAAUUAAAGACCUUCUUUACAAGGAAAAAAAAAAAGGGUGUGAAAAGAGGGAGCUGAAACAACUAACAAAUCACACCUGAAGGCUGAGUAUGCCUGCUCCCAUUUCUCUCCCUCUGGGGAAUCUGCAAUCUGUGCUUACUGCAAAUUGAACAGGAAUAAAGCAUUUUAACUCAA